GUGGGGCGGAGCGGGAGGAGGGGAGGCUCGGGCGGCCCGGCCCACCACCGCAGGCGCCGCCUCCUCCUCCUCCCUCCAGGCCUGGCGCGGCGGAGGCCUUGAGGCGCGCCCCGCCCCCGGGCCGGCCUUCCUUGGGCCCACGCCGCCGCCGCCGCCUUCCUCCUCCUCCUGCUCCUCCACGCCGUGGGCUAGGUGUAAACGAAUCCAGAAAUUCAGGACUUCUAUCCAAGCUAAGAUAUCAACGGCAUGAAGCCCAACUUCCAAUCUUAAGACGGUGUUCUUGACACAUCUAGUGACAUAGACAAGGAGGCAUGGAUGGCUUCCCCUCUAUGUGUGAAAGGAGGACUGAACCACAGCAGUUGACAGGAGUCAGAGCAGCCCGGAAGGUUUGUUUAAAAAGAGAUUGCCCCUGACAGGCAGUCAUGGGAUUCCCAGAUGUGGGCUCUGAGAGGACUCCAUCCUUGACUUUUAAAAGAUGCACAGAGCGUAGCAAUUCAAGAGCUGCAGCAUUCCCUGCAGUGCUCCAGACCUUUGAUCAGAAGUUUGGCAGCAUAUGCAGGAUUCCCAAUUCUCUGUUUGCCUCUGAAGCUCAAGGUGUUUGUGUGUGGAUUUGCAAGGAAGAAGCAAAGAACAGCAGGGAGAUGGCUGCGGUGGCAGAACAGGAAAGUGAAACCCGGCUGUGCAGCAACUGCAAAAAGGAUAUUCCUGUGGCAAACUUCACCAUCCACGAAAUCCACUGCAGCAGGAACCUUGGAGUGUGUCCCAUGUGCAAGGAGUCUUUCCCUAAAUCGGAAAUGAGGAGCCACCAAGAGCUGGAGCACACACAGGUCAUGUGCAAAUGCAGCAUGAAGAUGGACAGAGGACUCUUACAGGAGCAUGUGGCUUUGGCGUGUCCCUUGCGGCCUGUAACCUGCCAGCACUGCGACCUCGAACUUGCGUUCAACAAACUCCGGGACCACGAGGAUUACUGUGGCACUCGGACCGAGCGGUGUGUCCGAUGCAGCCGCAACGUGAUGCUGAAAGACCUGAAGGAGCACCCGAAGGACUGUGGGGAGAAGGCAGAGGAAGCCAGAAUGGGCCCGGCCAAGCCCUGCUUGAACUCGGCGGUUUUGCGUAAUGUCAAGACAAUAAAAAAUGUCUUGCAUUCCGAGGACUCUCUGGGGCCCCCGCCGAGGAUGAGCCGGCUCUAUAAUUGCCUUUCAGGAGACCAGCUCCACAGAAGGAACCCGGGUCCAUUACAGCCAGAUCAGAAUCGAGACCACCUGGAGAAGGCCACAAACACCCUCCCCUUCGUUGGCAGCGAGCCAGAUUGUGAUCUGGAUUACCUGUUGGCUCUUAGUCUGCAGCGUGAAAAUAAUUCUCAUGACCAUGAUACCACAGAGAUCCGGAAGGAAUUCGGGAAGAAUAUCUGCCCCACAAGGACUAGACCAGCUGAGCACUAUAUUGAAGCAAAUGACUCUAGUUUCCUCCCUUCAGAUUUCCUGGUACCUGAUAAUGGUCCAAAUAAUCGAAAAAUUGAGACCCUGCUGCCCUGUGAAUUCUGUGAGGAGCUCUACCCUGAGGAACACCUAAUUCUUCAUCAGACGGGCUGCAACCCAGCAAGUGCCUUGGCCUCCUUCAGCAAGCGGCGUUCUUCAGUCCCUCGGCAUGAUCGGGACGAGCGCCUGAUGGACUUGUGGGAACAGCUGCAGGGCAGCCGGCCUGUCGGCGGCAGCAGAGAGGCCUUCCCUCUCCAGCACGACUUGGGGGGCAGCCUUAUGCUCCCCUGCGAGUUCUGUGGUGUUCAGCUGGAAGAAGAGAUCCUCUUCCACCACCAGGACAAAUGCGACUUGCGCCCAGCCACUUCCUGCUCAACAGGAAGAGCCCCAUUGCAGCAAGAGGCUCCAGCUGUGGACAACUUGGAGAGAACAGAGUCACCCGACGUGCCUCGGAGGCGCAUCCGGCAUCAAGGAGAAAUCUCACCUCAGUACCUGGAGGAGUUCAGGCAGCAGCGGCCUCCCCAGCCCAUCCACCGGCUUCCCCCAGGAGUGGCUGCCAGACUCGUCCAGCUGACCCCUCCCAACAACACACAAGAGAGCAAAGUUGGCCCUUCUGAACAAGGGAAGCUCCGGGAGCUUGGCAGUGGUGGAGGGAGGUCGCUGAGCUGGGGUGCAGGCAGCCUUCCGGCUGCCCCGCUGCCUGCCCGGCCCUCCCCUCCGGGGGACUACGUGCCAAGCUUCCCCACGACAGCUCCAAGGCGACCCAGCCUGCACAGCGAAGGAGGCCAGAGUACCACCAGGUCUGCCCAUCAUCACAACAGCACCAAGGGAAAACCCUGGCGGCCUGAAUCGGACUAUCCUGACGAAGAAUAACAGGAUUUCCAUGGGCAAGUGACUGGCCUUGAUCUUGCAUUUUCCCCAGCGUGGUUCUGCUGGUUUUCAUAUGGGCUGCAACUUUACUGGGAGUGGGAGGCAACCAUCCCACAGCUGUAGGGUGGAGAUGUGGCUCCUGCUCAGAGCUGCUUUUCCCCCAGUGUGCAAAGUGUGGUUGGGGAUUUUGUCAACCCAGUUGCUUAAUUGUAGGGCAGAGUCUGAGUCAUGUAGGCCUUAAGCUCCCUAGGAGAGAAGACAUUCACACCGAGAACAGGAGCUGUGCAGCCAAUCGCACAGCUAACACUACAGGCAUGGCUGUGAGGGAGACGCCAGCGGGCCGUUUCCUGCCAGGAAGGCUGGCUUGUGGGCUCCCCUGGCUAGCCAGGCUUCGGCCUUGCAUUCUGUGACUGGGAGCAAGCAAUUCCUCAAGCCACACUUGGCCAUCUGUCUGCCCAGUCAGCUCUUAAGUCUGCUUGACCAAUGGAAAAGAAGUGUUGGGGAAAGCCAUAACGUGUGUGUGUGUGUGUGUCUAAUACCAGAAGUGCCCAGUUAAAUUCCUCAAACUGAGACAGGCUUCGUGACAUAGGAGCAACCAACCAGUCUUCUGUUCUUUGUGUGUUUUUCUCUUUCUGCUGUACUGGAGACUGUUUUAAAUUUCUUGUAAUAAACUUUCUAUUUACUGGUCA